ACUAAUUUUUACAAAGAAAGAGGACAAAAAUAGAGGUUUGGGGUUGGCAAAAAAUGACCAAAACAAAGAAAGCAUUCACUGUGAUCUGUUAUAACCAGAAUCCUGUUUUAUUAGUAGCAAAGGAAAAUACGAACACCUUUUCCAUCUGUAUUAAUUUCCAAUUUUGAUAUCAAAAACCAUCACCAAUAUUCAUUCACCUUCUUAAACCAAAAAAUAUUCAUUCACCUUCUCAUCUUAGAUAUAUUCAUUUCUGAUUCAUAUAUCAAAUCAUCAACAAUAUUCAUUAAUUCCUUCAUCCUCUAGUACUCUAUUUUCAGACAUGGAAAUUGCAAAUAAUAUUGUGUUGACGAAGCCAUUUUCGUUAAGAAAUGAUUCAGAUUCAGAUUCAGAGGAAAAUUACAGUGCUCCUAAUCUAUUGCAACGUAUAUUAAGUCUUCUUAAGAAUGUGCGGCCAGGAUCUGAUCUCACACUUUUUCAGUUGCCACCAUUAUUCAACUUCCCAAAGUCACAACUUCAGUGCUAUGGUGAAUCAGUAUAUUCCACAUCUUCAGACUUACUAAGCAAGUGUAACACUGGGCAGUGUAAAAUUGAAAGACUGAUUUCUGUUGUAGCAUGGAGCAUAUCAACCACAAGACCUCCACUUUUUGGUGUUGCUCCUUAUAAUCCAAUUCUUGGAGAAACUCAUCAUGUUUCCAAGGGAAAUCUUAAUGUCCUACUAGAACAGGUUUUACACCAUCCUUCUGUAUCUGCCCUUCAUGCAACUGAUGAGACGGAAAACAUAGAAAUCAUAUGGUGUCAAUAUCCUGCUGCAAAGUUCAAUGGUACUUCAGUGGAAGCUCAGGUGCACGGAAAAAGGAAACUAAGGCUCCUCAAUCAUGGAGAAACAUAUGAAAUGAAUUCUCCAAAUCUCUUUAUAAGAAUUCUUCCUGUUACUGGAGUUGAUUGGAUUGGGAAUGUCAACAUCAGGUGUAUAGAAACAGGUCUUGUGGCCGAGUUAAGUUACAUAAGUCAAUCAUUCUUUGGAUUUGGUGGUAAUAGAAGAUUAAUAAAGGGGAAGAUUAUUGAUUCACUGACAUCUAAGGUUCUCUUUAGAGUUAAUGGUCACUGGGAUAGUACUGUAACACUGAAGGAUACAAGUAAUGGUGAAGAAAGGGUGAUAUAUGAUGCAAAAGAAGUCAUUUCAAGGCUCCAAGCUCCUACUGUCAAGGAUGCAGAGAGCGUGUGGCCAACUGAAUCGGCUCUUAUUUGGAGUUCGUUAAGCCAAGCCAUCUUGAGCAAAGACUGGGAAAAAGCAAGAGAAGCAAAGAAAAUUGUGGAGCAGAAACAAAGGGAAGUCUCAAGAGAAAGAGAGUCCAAAGGAGAAACUUGGGUUCCUAAACAUUUCAUACUAUCUCAAAGCAAAGAAGGGUCUUGGGACUGUUUACCUAUUCAAAAGUGGGUCCCACCCUCUCCUAUUGUAACAUUGUAAUUUGUCAUAUAGUUUAACAUUUCAGCAUUACUAUAAUAUUGAUAAAGUCAUCAUUAGUUAGGCCAGCUGAUUUAUCUAUAAACUAAACAAUUAUUGUCUACCUUGUGGUAUACCUCAUUUUGGUUGGUUCUCAGAAGAAACCAAUUUUCUCUCAAAACACAAGUUUGGCUACCCAAAAUAUUGAGUUCAAUA